CAGACAGACCUCGUCAGUCCACAUAACAACACAUGCGAGCUGCAAGACUGGUUGAGAGGCAGGAGGGGAGACUGUGGCACUAAGCAUAACUCGAGAGAACUGGUCACUUGAACACUCAUAAGUACGGAAGACUUUUUACUCGCAGCAUCAGUCAACUGUUUCCAUAAUACGUGACGUCACACAAAAUUUGACAUGUCUAACGACGAGCAGCUUGCGGUGACGUCAGUGCACCUGUACCCCCUGGAGAACGCUAAGCUUCACCACACGGACAAGUUUGAAGUGCUUCAUCGAGACAAUCCGACAGUGAUACUAAGACGGGGCCAGUCCUUCCACGUGGUUGUCGGAUUCUCAGGCCGUACUUACGAUCCCAAUAAGGACUUCGUCCAACUGGUUUUCGCUUAUGGGGUUCGUCCCAACAUCAUCAAAGGCACAAAAGCUGUGUGCACUGUCAGUGACAAGGGAAGAGAAGAUGAUAAUAUAUGGCACGCGAGGAUUGUGGGCAAGGACGAAAGCUCGAUGAAUGUGGAGGUUUAUACCCCACCCGACAUACCAGUUGGACUUUGGAAGUUUUCUAUCGAGUCGAAACCAAAGGAUAACUCAAAAAGUCUGCCUAAAGUCUUCAUCUAUGCUGAUAAACUUUACCUGCUCUUCAAUCCGUGGGCAAAAUAUGACCAGGUAUUCAUGAGUGACGAGCGCUUACUGGACGAGUAUGUUCUCAACGACAUUGGCAAGAUUUGGGUGGGGCCUCACGGGUCCGCCAGGGGCCGCGAGUGGAUAUUCGGUCAGUUCGAUGCCGUGGUGCUGCCUGCUGUGGACCUGAUGAUGAGUCGAAGUGGCCUUUCCCCUGUGAACCGCGGCAACCCCAUCUACGUAACACGUGCCAUAUCCAAGAUGGUGAACUCGAAUGAUGACCUGGGAGUGCUGCUAGGGAGAUGGAACGGGCAAUAUGAAGACGGCACGGCACCGGCCGCCUGGACAGGAUCAGUGCCAAUCCUGGAGGAAUAUCUCGACUCUGGUAGUGAGGUCAAAUACGGGCAAUGCUGGGUGUUUGCUGGAGUUGUUGCCACAAUGUGUCGUGCUUUGGGCAUCCCUUGCCGUGUUGUGUCGAACCUUGUAUCUGCCCACGACGCCAACGCAUCCCUUACCAUAGACCGAUACUACACAGCCGACAUGGAAAUGAUGGAUUACGACCCCACAAACCCCGAUGGUGACGAUUCCAUUUGGAACUAUCACGUCUGGAACGACGUGUGGAUGGCUCGCCCAGACUUGCCCAAAGGGUACGGAGGGUGGCAAGCAAUCGACGCCACCCCUCAAGAAACAAGUGACGGGGUGUACCAGUGCGGCCCAGCUUCUGUUGAAGCCAUCAAAUGUGGCGCGGUUGGUUUCAAUUACGACGUGUCCUUCUUGCUGUCAACGGUGAAUGCUGACUUGGUGAGGUGGAAGGAAGACAGCAACAGUGAAUUCAACUACUCCAAGAUCGAUUCAAACAAAUACCACAUUGGGCGAAUGAUCUUGACAAAGAAGCCAUGGAUAUAUGAUCCUAAUGGAGACAGAGACAGAGAUGAUAUUACAGACGAAUACAAGAACAAGGAAGGAACAAAAGCUGAACGCCUGACUUUGCUGAACGGAGUUCGAGCCUCAGAGAGAGCCAAGAGGUACUAUAUGAUACCGGAGAAAUCAAGAGAGGAUAUUGAUUUCGAACUUGUGAACCUGGAUGAAGUGAAACUCGGUGAAGGCUUCAGUAUUACCGUUAAUAUUCAUAAUAAGUCAGAGAAAGCAAGGACAGUUGAGGCAGUGCUCUCGGCUGCAAGCAUAUACUACACUGGGAUAAAGGCGCAUGUCAUCAAAAAAGCCACGGGCGACUUCAAGGUGGCUCCUAGGGCCAAGGAGAUGCUUCGCCUGAAUGUGAAGCCGGAGGAGUACCUUGACAAGCUGGUGGAGUACUGCAACAUGAAGAUCUACGCUAUAGCCACUGUUGUGGACACGAACGAAACGUGGGGCGAGGAGGACGACUUCCAGAUCCUGAAACCAAACCUCGACAUAAAGGUAGCUGAAAACCCCGUGGUGGGUAAGCCGUGCGCUGUGAAAUUCAGCUUCAAGAAUCCGCUCAAGAAAGUCUUGACGGGUUGCCUAUUCCAGUACGCAGGCCCAGGGCUCGCAAGAAACACUUCGAUACCUUACAGGAAUGUCCAGCCAGAGGAAGACGUGAAGGUUGAACACGGUUUCACGCCUCAGAGAGCUGGCAGACAGAAAUUGGUGGGCACAUUCUCGUCAAAGGAGCUGGUAGACAUCACGGGAUCAGCUGAGAUCGAAGUGUUCGAAGAUGAAGAAUAGCUCAAGCUAUCACACAGUCAAACAACGUCCACACUUUUUGACAGAGUUCUAAUUGUCAAUUUAAUGCUUUUAUAAGCUCUGUCGGUAGGCUUUCAGCAUUGUAAAUUUUCCCGUAAAGUUCCACAAUAGGAAGCUUUCUGCCAUCACACUUACGAAACUACCCUCAAAUUAUGAUGACGUAAUUAGUGUUACAUCCUUGCUCUUUACCUUCGUAGACAAUCUCUUCUAGUAGUUCUCUUAUCGGAACAAUAGAUGGCAGAAGUUACUACUCGUAUGUCUUACCACACAAAAGUAACUUUUCUUUUAUUUUCACGAGAUUUAAUCCAUAGCUGACAGGAGUGAGGUUGGAAAUAAAAAAAGAUUUUUGUUGUGUUGUAUUUUACUGUAUUGUGUUGUGUUGUGUUGUGUUGUAUUGUAUUGACAUGAGAAUGGAACAACUUUCAGACGCCCCAAGUAUCAGACCACUGUUGGUCCAUUGUCCACCCCACAAUGUUCUUUCUGGAUCUUUAAGAGACUUGAGAGACAAACACUACAGAAAAAUAGAAAGGGAAAUGGUUAAUAUGAUUUUACAUUUUGGAAACAGAUUACUUAUCUGAAUAUACUGUGGCCCCCUCGAAUAUAAUAUUCAACAAUAUUCCGAAAGAUAAAAAAAAAUUUCUUCAGAACAAUGUCCACAAAAUUUAUUUCAAAUCCAGUUAUUUGUUUAUAUCUAUUAUUAUUCUGAAGGUGGCGUGAAACUGAGUCCCUUGUUAUUGAGACGUUAACUGUUCACUUUACCAGUCCCAGAUAACAGAUUAGAUAAAUGGAGCAUUUGAUGGAAUUAGAGCCACAGGGAAAACAAGAGAGAAAUCUUGUCCAAGUGCUAAUUCGUCUACCACAAAUACCAAAUUAACUAACCUGGGACUGACCCCGAGUCACAGCCGCAGUUAGAAAUCAUGACAUUUCCUCAUGUUAAACCAUUAAUAUUUAUUUAUUUUUCAAUGCAUAACAAAACGUUGUUUGUCUGAAGAUUGUCAGUUCGGAGAGCACUAUAUAUCGUGUCAACUCCGGUUCUCCCCCCCCCCAACAUUCAAUAUAACGGACCCUGAAAGAAGCGCAGUCAAAACACAUCAUGUUGCCUUGAGUACUGUUAAUAAAUUAUAGGAUAAUUACUGUGGAGAAGUAGAUAACCUUUGACACGUGCCGAGUUUUUCUUUACGCUGCAACAUCUUCCUCUGUUGACUCGUUUCCAUAGUAACCAGUGAUACGCAAACAGUUUAAAAAUUAGAAACUAAAGAACCUAUUAUUUCAUUCGUGGACCAUAUAAAAAACUAAUGACAUUAAGUGCAAACACGACACAUGUUUCCAAACGAUGUUUCUCGUUCAUAACACGGAAUGGGUUAACAACAAUUAAAAUGAAGGCCUAUAUUUUGAUCUCCACGCGCUUCUUUGCUGCUUAAUUCAGAUUAUCAGCAAGCCUAGAAUACAGUUUCACCAACACAAUUAGACCCAGAAGAGGUUUUGUUUUAUUUUGUAUAAUUUUCUGAAUGAAUUUGUUUUUAAUGUAGAUAGAAAGCUGUAGUAUCAACUCACUACUGGAAGUCUCACAUAUUGUAUCAGUACCUGGUAAGAAAUUCUAAUAGCAUAUCAAGAAUGGCUCUUUACCAUGGAAUUAAUAAGUCUCUUAGUUGAUUAGUCAAUUAGUUAAUUGGUUAGUAUAUAGAUUUUCUUACAUGUUCCAUUUUGUCUUCCUUUCUGUUUAUAUAUAUAUAUAUAUCCGUUAUUAUGAAAUAACCUUAACACUCCUCCACGAAUUCUUAUAUAUCUUAGUUCCAGACUCGCGUGUAUUUUUACAUCAAUCUAUAACUACUAGUCUCAAUAAAUAGUCGCUAGUACUAUAUAGCUGUACACUGUUCUUUUGUUUAAAUUUAUAUUGUUUUACUCCCAGGAUUCUCAGUGUAAUGCAUGUAGUAUGUAUAAUCAGAUAUGCCUAAAAUAUGCAUUCAGUAAUUAUAUUCACUUCCUUUAUAGGCUAUUAUACAGAAUGUUCAAGGACACCAAGAGGAGGGUGGCAAGCAAGGAAGCGCCCCCUCCCCAUGGAGCUCUGAGAAAUAAAACUCAAAAUUGAAAAGAAAGAAAUAUUCCAGAUGUUAAUAACAAGAUUUGAAGUAGUUUAUAAAAAUGUUUUUCUACGUUACAAAUGUUAAUAGAUCAAUGGAAAUAUUAGCAAUGCCUAAAACAUAA